AUGGGGCUGGUUCAUCAUACGGUCAAGGAAUUCUUGACGCAGAAAGAGGAAGCAGAACUUUUCAUCGAUUCGUCUAAAGCGAAUGAGGAGAUUUUUACCAGGUGCUUGGCGGUGUUGAGGGAGUCAGGAGUCAGAAUUCGGAUCAAAAGUCAGGGAUGUGCGGGGUUCCUGCGGUACGCCUGUCUUUCCUGGUCAACACAUCUGUCCCGGGUAGAAAGCCUUGGUCGACAGCCUCUACGUGACCUGUCAUCUUUCUUUCAAAGCCAUGCUAUUCUUGCAUGGAUAGACGCAAUUGGGAUCUGUGGAAACCUACGUGCCUUAACGCAAGCUUCCAAGCAUCUGACAGGGCUUCUCGAAAGACAGCGUACGCGAGAUGCAGAGCAGAACCCGAUAACACUACCUUUAAUGAAGAUGGCAAUCAUUGCCUCAUGGGCGAUAGAACUGAUCAGAAUUGUCGGAAAGUUGGGCCACCACAUCGUUCGGCACUCCAGUGCUGUACACAGCCUCAUCCCAGCAUUUUGCCCGUCCCUGUCCAUAAUGGCCAAGCAGUGUGCACCGAAAGGCCCGUCCGCGAUGAGCAUUACUGGAAUCACAAACCCUGGAUGGGACGACUCUUCAGCAAAGUUCACCGUCGGUUCUGGCACACAUCCGACAGAGAUUGCCUGCCUCGACGGUCAUUUCGCAAUUUUGACCUCCGAGGAUGUUGUCAAUCCAUGGAUCUUUAUCAUGUCACGGAGAUUUGGCCACGAAUAUUUCAUCAUUGCGGUGAAGUCCAACCAGGACGGCGAUAAGGUUGCGACCUGUGGAUCGCAAACCAUCAAGGUCUGGUGUGUAGCAACUGCGGGGGUAUUACACAAGCUGCCCAACCCACUCAACCUGAGGGCGAUGGAGAUAUGCUUCUCGAAGCAUUCCACGAGAGUUUUAAUCUGCUGCGAUGAUUCUAGCAUUCGUUCUUAG